CGCGCACGCGCAGUGAGCGGCGGCACGGUGAGCAGUCGGAGUGAGGCGGACACGCGGAGUGGGCCGGACAGAGCCUCCCAGCGACCAACCGACCAGAGACGGGCGGUUGCUGUGGCAUCCUGAGAUUGAGCCCUGUUAAGCGGUACAAAGUGACAAGCUCACUUUACCACAUCCAUAUUGAAAAUGUCGAAAGCCACAGGUUCAAAGUCCAGGUCGCAGUCAUCUCAUUCGAGAUCCCGUUCUCGUUCUCGGUCCCGGUCCUUCACAAGGUCCCGCUCGCGUUCUCGCUCCCGGUCUCACUCUCGAAAACGGAAGUACAGCCCAAGGUCUCGCUCCAGGUCGUACUCUCCGCAGCAUAACCGGGAACGUAACUACCAACGGGAAUACCAACCCAGGGAAUUUCGAGGCCAUCGGGGCUACAGGCGGCCCUUUAUCCAGCGCCGAGGGCGAGGCUAUUAUCCGAGAGGUAACUGGAAUAACCGUGGGGGUUAUGGCAACUAUGGCAGUUACAACCAUUAUGGCAAUUACCGACCCAACUGGCAUAACUACCGCUCAACCUACAGCCCACGGCGCGGCCGGUCCCGUUCGCGCUCACCAAAGCGGCGCUCAAUAUCACCGAGAUCGAGGAGUCGCUCCAGAUACACAGACAAAUCAUCAUCAAGCCGGUCAGCAAGGUCAUCAUCUUCCAGGUCUCGCUCCUCACCUCACCGCAGUCAUUCAGCUUCCCCUAAACGAAGGAGCAAGAAAACCAAAUCUUCCCAGAAAGAGGCAGCUGUUUCUAAACCCCCAGUCCAGGAGGGAGAAGACCAACAGAAACGGUCAUCUGAGGAUGGGCAGGCCGGUAAUGGCAGCUCUGAGGCCCCUGCCGGCCUGGCCCCCAAACGCAGUGACUCAUGGAAAGGCCUAACUGCUUAUGACACCAGCCCUAAACAUCCCAGUCCAGCCCCACGUUCUACUGUAGUGUUGAAGACCAGUCCGGCAUUGCAUUCCAGCCCAAGCCAGCAGAGCCCCUCGUUGGCGGGCACAGCACGCCAUGCUUCACCUCACGGGAGCCCUGGGCAGAUGAGCCCACAGAGCCGCAGCCCGACCAGACCGAACGCAUCUCACCAGAGCCCACCAUCACUCAGCUCUACAAUUCGCAAUGUGUCGCGGCAGGCCCCAGCUAACCACAGCCCACCAGUGGGCCUGACACAAGGCAUUGCACAGAAAGAGGAAAUAAGGCCAGGAAUGUCUGGCCUGUUUGUGGAACAGACGGCCCCAACUAUCUCUUCAUAUCUAAAGAGGUAUGUUCCGAGAAGUGUGGUGAAAACGGAGUUCCAUGUGAAAAACGUUCCAGAGAAAGGCAGCCGUAGCAGCCAAUCCCCAAAACGGUUCAAGGGUGGAGUUUCCGAGGAGUUUGAAAAAAUCUCAAAAGCAGAGAUGCGUCACAAAUUUGACUAUGAUGAAGAAGAGGUCGAGGAACAUGACAAGGACUACCCAGCCAAGAAUCAAAAGGAAUAUGGGUAUGAGGAUGAGCUCAAGUACAGGAGCAAAUUAAUUGCAAGUAAAACGCAGGAGCGAUAUGAUGAGGAGGAUGAGGAGGAGGAGGAAGAUGAUGACAAUGAUAGACCACGCAAACGGGAAGAUAUAAAUUUCUUUAAGCACAUCGCCAUCUCCAAGGAGAAGUUUAGAGAGGUGGAGGAGGUGGAGGAGGAGGAAUUAAUGCCUGAGAAAUUCAAAAAAGAGGAGCGAUUUCUAUCAAAGAAAGCUGACGGGAGCAGAUAUCGGGAAAUGUCACCUGCAAAAACGUUAAAGUAUAAGGGAGGCCGAGCAGAAAGCCCUCCUCCCCCAAGGAAAAGCUCCGAUAGCAAAGAGCAGGAAGGCGUGGCUGCUCAAGAGGAAAGCACCCCUGUGCUUAAACCAACUCAUCGUUCAACAGAAGUGACACUGAAAAUGGAUUCGUUGCAGUUUGGCGAUGACUCUCUUGGCUCUGCCAACAUUCUGACCCAUGAGCGACGCCUCUGUCGCGACCUUGUUCACAAACCCAAAAAAGAUCAGGAGUUUCGUUCUAUCUUCCAGCAUAUUCAGAUGGCACAGUCUCGACGUAGUCCUUCUGAGCUGUUUGCUCAGCACAUUGUGACUCUGGUUCACCACGUGAAAGAGCAUUACUUCAAGUCUGCAGGAGUCACAUUAAAUGAACGCUUUACAAUGUACCAAAGGAGAACCGCCGAGCAAGAAGUGCCCAGACAGAAGAGCCCAGAGAUUCAUAGGCGGAUUGAUAUUUCACCCAGUGCUCUAAAGAAACGUAUGCAUCUCCGUGAUGAAAUAAAGAACCAGAAGGAGAGCAGCUACAAGCAGGGAGGAGGGAAAUUAAAGGAUGAACCUGAUGACCUUCGCCUAGAUAUUGAGCACCGAAGGAAAUAUAAAAGCAAGGAAGGAGAGCAUAAAAAAGAUAGUUCCAAAGAUUCAAGAGAUUCCAGCCAUUCACGUGAACGGUCAAAGGAAAAGUCUGGAAAAAUUCCCAAAGCUUACAAGGAGUCUAAAAAGCACAGAAAGCGCAAGAAAACCAGACCAAGAACCAGCUCAUCAUCCACUUCAUCUUCCUCUUCAUCUCCGUCACACGAGGGAAAAGAUGAGCAAGAAGAGGGAGUGGGCCGGGAGGAGACCUCAACUGGCUUUAACAAAGCUCGCCUUGGAACGAGAGAGUUUACUGGCCCACCAACACGAGGCAGAGCGCGUGGAAUCUUUCAGUUCAGAAUAAGAGGAAGAGGAUAUGGCAGGGGAGCGUUUCCUGGUCCCAGCAAUAGCAGUAACCCCGGUAACCCAACUUUCCAAAAGAGGCCCCGCGAAGAGGACUGGGAUCCCGAGUACACACCAAAAAGCAAAAAGUACUAUCUGCACGAUGAUCGUGAGGGAGACGGGGACAACUACUGGGCAAAUAAAAGGGGCCGUGGCACCUUCCAGCGAGGAAGGGGUCGCUUCCUAUAUAAAAAGUCCAAUACCAGCCCCAAGUGGACACAUGACAAAUAUCAAGGCAGCGGGCAGGAAGGCGUAGAAGAGGAGGAGGAGGAAGAGGAGGAGGACGGACAAGUUGGCAGCAUUGCAACCCAGGAAGAGAAAAAGCUGGGCACUAUGGAACAGUAGUGCCAAAAGGGACUGGGCCUGCCUCUGGCGUCUCUGCAUCAAUUUGAGCAUAGAGUCUGGUCACUAGGAUCAGACUGAGAGAGAUUUCUUUGUCCAGAUCUCCAUAGGGUUUACAACGUAGUAGGUUAUUUGUUGUGGUGGGGGUAAAGGCAAAGAACCCUUUGGGAUUGAAAGGACCAAAAACACCUGUCUUUAAUGCGACUUACAAAUAUGUAUACGCCCCCAGGUGUUGUACCUGUCUUGUAAGAUAUCCCAUUAGCUGACAUCGAAAAGCUACAGGUCGUCCUAGGAGUGCAAUUCCCCUCACCUCCUCCCCCCCCCCCCCAAAAAUAUUUUGAAAACUAAAUUAUGAACAUGUAUGAUGGUGCGACUUGAGUGCUCCCUGAUAAUUACACUGCAACCUGAUUCAGUUUGAAGUAGGAAACUGCUCCAAAAAUGUGGAACUGACCAAGAAAUAAGUGUACUCUAAGUCUCACCCCGUACAGUAGAAGGAUCCUCUCCCCCAAAACUGAGCCCUGGAUGUUUCCGCAUGCUUCUUUUAACAACCUGGAUUUUAAAAUGCUUUCACAUUUUGAAGCCGGCUUUAGAGCUGAACAAGUUUCCAGGAUCCUUAAUAAUUUCUUGCCCCUAGUUCCUUUUGGGAUCUGCCCAUCUACAUAUUUGGUUGCGACGCUUGGCUUGUGCUUUUUCACGGAUGUGAUUGAUGGCAGCAAUUGUUUCGGUAUUUUUGUUUUUAAGUUGUUUUCUAAAAAAAAAACACAACUGGCAAUGCAGCUUGGGCCUCGUAUUGUGUUUAUUUGUCGAGUGGAGGGAAAGGUGGUACUUCCCAUUAAUCUAUCCUAAUUUUUCAAGCAAAGAACAGUCCACGUUAACGACUUUAAAUCCCCCUCUCCCUACCCCUUUCUAAUCUCUCCAAUGGACUAGACUAAGAUCUGUUCAAAGGUUAGAAGUCUCUGAUGGUUCGGGGAAUAUAUUCAGUGAUGGAGCUCCUGGAUCACAGUUGAGUUGGUUGGUCUCACCAUGGCUGACGAUUUGGUGCCAGGUCAUUAGACUGAGCAGCGAAUCAGUCUGCAUUUUUACUCUUGAUCACAGUCUUGAAACCUACACUGUAAAGCAAAUGUGUUUGCAUUUUGGGUGAGAACAGGCUUGAUAUUUACCAAGUUGAUGGAGGGAAGAGCUUGAUGGGUGGAGAGGGGAAUUACCAAUCGAGAAGGAAACAAAAGGCGGUAUAUACGCUGUUUGUACCAAAUUUUAAAAUCUGCAUCAAACCUCCACUGUUUUCCCCUCUUAUAGGCCACUGUUGGCAAAGACAAUUGCAUGAGAGGAGAGGCUAGACAAGGAAUAGAAAAAUGAGGUUCGCAUUACUGGAGAGUUCAAUUGGCCUCGGAUUGCCCUUCAAACUUUGGCAAAAUAAAAGUCUCAAAGAGAUGGAAUGUAAAAUAAUUCCAUGAAACAUGUAUCAGUAUCAUUUAUCCUUGAUUGCUCAUUCAUGUGGCAAAAAGUGAGUAUCAAAGUGAGUGCAGUCUUGCGUAACAGGAAACAUUUGCAACAGUAAUGCCCUUACUUAAUUUCAACAAAUUGGAAUUUUGUUACUGUGCAUGUGGAUAAAGCAAACCUACUAUAUAGACAAAAACUGCAGUGGUUUUUACCCUUUGGAGCUUUGCAGUUCAGUUGACCCCAUCUACCUUUGGCAGAUGACCUUCUUUAUAUGUUGUCACUUGACUCUCAAAUAAUCUUCUUAAAACGCAGGCCUAGAAAGCACACGAGCCCCAAUCUAAAGCCAGAACAUUAACGUUAUACUCCUUCUCUACUGGCCUUAAUUCUUUCACCUGCCAUGUGAACCACUCUGUUGAAUGAUGUCUCUGUAAAUGCUGUCAGUAGCAUGACUAGGAGAAUAGUCAAUUGCAAACAAGGAAAGGGAAAGGAGUGCAAAUAUCAAAACAGGAUUGUAAAUUCUUUGAGUUUUAUUAUUGUGAAUUUCUUUGCAUUGUCUGAAUUCAAAUGUUACAUUGCUUAUUGCUUUAGGUCUUGGGAUUAAUGUUAAAAAAAGAUAUUGGAUAAACAUUAAAAUACAUUUUAUAUUGACAAUCACAUAUCUCACUUCUUCUCCAUGCCUAGCCUCCCCUAUUCCUCUCACCGCAUCUUGCUUGAUCUCUUUAAUUUGUAUCUUUUUAACGUGUAUUAAAAAGUUGAAAAUAAGUGGCACGUGCUCUGACUGCAAUAACUAUUGAAUUUUUUUAUACAUGUAGAAGUAAGUGGAUUUGAGGGGAGGGGAACACAUUGGGAGGAGUAUAAUGGUUGCACUAUUUUUGUAAAAUUUUGCUGAACUGCCUUAUCACUUAAAAUUGUUAAAAUCCAUUCUUGUCCAGAAUUUAAUCGAUUUGUAUUUCUCCAAUUAUUUGUGUUCCAUUCGUUACCAUGGUUUCUUCUCUCAAAUAUCAUUCUGUAUUAACUCUGUUCUGCCCCCCCUCAAACUGUAGUCUUGCUGAGGUUCAAAGCAUUGUGUUCAAUUUUUAAUUAAAUUUCUGUGCCAGCGUCAA